UUUGAAAAAACCUCUCUCUUUCUUCUCCAUUUUUCUUGUUUAUAAAAAUCUGGAAGCUUGGGGCUUUCUUGGCUUCCUAUAUAUAAUUUGGCUCCGGCUAAUAGCCAGAUUAUUCCGUUUUCUGAUUCUACUUAGAUCCCAUAUACCCCAAUUUUCCUCUUGUUCGGUUCUAUCUAUGCUUAUUAAGACAACGUACAACACCAACCCUCUUUCCUUAUAACCACAUUUCUACAAUUACACAUCUCAUAUCUGCCUCUGAUUGUAAUUGAAGCAACAAAAGGGCAUAGAGAGUGAACGAUCCGAGACAAACAACAACACAUAAAUGUUAAUGGAUAUCACGGAGGAAAUGCAGGGCUCGAAGCUGGGCUUGUAUGUGAAAGGCUUGGAGGAAGAGAAGCUAAAGAUUCAAGUUUUCCAAAGAGAGCUGCCUCUGUGUUUGGAGCUUGUGACUCAAGCCAUUGAGAGGUGUAAGCAGGAGAUGUCGGAUGGUAGCAUAGAGUAUAGGCACAGGCAAUCCGAGUGUUCGGUGCAGACUUCCAGCGAGGGACACGUGUUUGAGGAGUUUAUUCCAUUGAAGAGGAGGUCAUCGUCUGAUAGUGAUAAUGAUGAGGAAGAGUCUGAUCAUCACCGGGAUAAUGUUAAUGACAAGGAUAAGAGUAAUAGUGGUGACAAGAAAAAAUCAGAUUGGCUUAGAUCUGUUCAGCUCUGGAAUACAACCCCAGAUGAACCCCAAAAAGAGGAAGUGCCUAGGAAGGCUUCAGUGGUGGAGGUUAAGAGAAGUGGGGGUGCUUUUCAUCCUUUCCAAAAGGAGAAAAGCAUUGUGAAGACUAAUGGAGCAGUGGCAAAAUCGCCUGCUUCAGCUCCGGCCACUAGCUCAACUACUGACACUGUCAGCGGUGGCAGCGGGGGUGGAAACAGCAAGAAGGAUGAUAAAGAAGGGCAGAGGAAACAGAGGAGGAACUGGUCGCCGGAGUUGCAUCGCCGGUUCUUGCAUGCCCUUCAACAGCUUGGUGGUUCACACACUGCUACACCUAAGCAAAUUAGGGAGCUAAUGAAGGUCGACGGGCUUACUAAUGAUGAAGUCAAAAGCCAUUUACAGAAAUAUCGUCUACACACUCGUAGGCCAGCUCCAACGAACAAUAACAACAACAGCAGCAAUGCCCAAGCACCACAAUUUGUGGUUGUGGGAGGCAUUUGGGUGCCACCACAAGACUACAAUGCAGCUGUAGCUGCUGCAAACACAGCUUCAGGCGACGCAACCAGGGUUGCUGCUGCAGCCAACGGAAUCUAUGCACCCGUGGCUUCAACACCUUCUACAGUCACCCAAGUGUCCCCAUCAGCAAUGCAUAGACCGCGACCGAAGAAACCAAAGCCCUCUUCUCAUUCGGAAGAAAGGGCUAGUCAUAGCGGUGAAGGUCACGGUCACUCCAACUCCACGGCUACAUCACCCUCCACCCAUACGCCUGCCUCCCCUCCUGUGUAAAGUUUUCAGUAUGAGAAAAUGAUGUAAAAUUUUGUAAUCAGCAUUAUAGAAAGUUAAGUCAUAUUGAUCA